GAUGUAAAUACAAUCCAAUAAGAAAUUAAACGAAUUUCACAAUUUUUGAAAAUCAAAACAUUUGCUGACCCUGUUUCGACAGAAAUUAAUUCCACAGCAGUGUUUCAGUUCCGUUCGUUUCGUGAAGAGAAAAGGAAUUUUGUACUUUUGAUAAAAUUUGCUGCGAACGUAAAAUUAAUUAUUUUAAUAAAUUUCAGUUGAUUUAUAUUUGGAAGUAUUGCAAAUUGUGUGAUUAUGGAAGAGAAAAACGUAGACGUAGAUAAAAAAGCAAAAAAUUCAACUGAUGACAAUGCAAAAGCUGAAGAAAAACCGCCGCCGAAAGUAGAAAGCGCUGACGAUACAUGUGUGGUCUGCUUUAAAAACGUUGACAUAUAUUCAAUUGGAGAGUGCGAUCAUCCAGUUUGCUAUGAGUGUUCCACACGUAUGCGUGUGCUAUGUCAGCAAAAUGAAUGUCCAAUUUGUCGUCAAGUGUUAUCCAAGGUCAUAUUUACGCAUGACAAGUUGCCUUACCGUGAGUUGGAAGCUAAAAAUCGUUCUGAAUACUACAACAAACGUUACAAAAUCGGUUUUUACGACUAUAAAAUACAACAAUCAUUCUAUGAGCUGCUAGAUCACUGCUGUCCUAAAUGUCAAACACCGCCUUAUCGCACAUUUCAGGGUCUCAAGAAUCAUGUACGCAAAGAGCAUAACCUGCAUUACUGUGAUCUCUGCACAGAUCAUUUAAAGAUAUUCACAUUUGAACGACGCUGUUAUACACAAGCGGAACUGGGUUUACAUCGUACCAAAGGUGAUGCAGACAAUCGUUCACAUCGCGGUCAUCCGCUAUGUGAAUACUGUAAUAAACGUUAUUUGGAUCGCGAUGAAUUGUUUCGACAUUUACGGCGUGAGCAUUACUAUUGUCAUUUUUGUGAAGCCGAUGGUGUUAACGAAUUUUACAGGGAUUACGAUGCCUUAGCCGAACAUUUUCGGCAAGACCAUUACCUAUGUGAGGAAGGUAAAUGCGCCAGUGAGCAGUUUAUAGCCUUUCGUACUGAUAUCGAUUUUAAGGCACAUAUUGCCAAAGAGCAUGGUAAAUCUUUGAAUAAGCAGCAAGCUAAGCAAACACGUACUUUACAGCUAGAAAUAACAUUGGGUCGUCGAGGACGAACCGGACAACCUGAUCCAAAUAUUGCAAGCGUGCGUUCACGCGGUUAUGAAGAUGAAAUCGAUGAUAUGGAAGAACCUACUACUUCAUACACUGCGCAACAAAAUCAACGACCUAUAAUGAUUGACGCACAAAAUGAACAAGAUUUUCCAUCAUUGGGCGGUAAUGGCGCUGUAUCGAAUUUAUCCUUAACACGUGCUCCACCACUUUCUAUGCGUAAUCGCAGUGCAAUUGCUGGUCUGGCACGUACUAAAGAAAAUUUCCCUGCUUUGUGUGGUGGGAGUGGAGGUGCCAAUGGGUAUGAACGUACUUCGAACCAACAGCCACCGGCUAUUUCGAAAGUAUUAAGAAACACUACUACCUCAAAUACUGGUGCAGUACCACGUACACCGCCAGCGUCUGUAAAUGUUAACAGUGGCAUGGUUAUACAUGUUUCAAAUCGUCCGGCACAAAGUGCUACGAAUGGAGCAAAAAAAUCGAAUCAAUUAGAUUUCCCAGCACUGCCAAGUACAAAGAACAAAAAAGGUGCACGCGCGCUCGAUGAGGAUAUGCUACCAUCUGGUGCACAAGUACCAAUGGCAAAUGUUUCGGCUAAACAUCGCACUUUAGUCGAUGAUUACGUUUCCGUUGCUCUUCCUAAUUCAUUUCAAAAAAUACAAAUGGUACAAAAAGAACAACCCGAAACAAAAACUCGUAAACAACCUGGAGAUACUGCUGGUGUACCAAAAUUAAAACCAGAAGAUUUCCCAACAUUGCUUGGUACCAUUUCUAAACCACCAGUUGCAACCACUAACACUUGGACAAAAACAGUAAACGAACGUAAGCAACGCGAAUUAGAAAAUCGUAAAUCAAAAGUAGCACCACCGCCCCUUUUGCCAAACAAUAACAAAACUGUGAAUAGACAAACGUCCGUUAAUAACAACGUCAUGCAGAAUAAUCAACCAAAAAAAGAGAAAGAGAAAAAACCAAAAGACAAAAAGCCGCCAACCGUUGAGGUUAACACAAAAACGAGUACAAAAUCAAAAGAAAAGAACAACAACGAAAUUAAAAAUGUGGGUCCACAUCCAAAACAAACUCCAGCCGAUUUAGUUACUAAAAUGAAUGGCGAAAAUGCCAAUGGACAGUCAACACGUCCACCACCAGGUUUUGCAACACAAGGAACUUUAAAUGCACCACCUGGAUUUCUUUCAAAUGUCACUGUGAACUCAGUGGCAAAAUCACCAAAUGAUUUGACUUUUACCAGUUCCUUGGGCGAGAAGUACAGCAUUGUUACCACGCACACCUAUACACAACCAAAUGGAGCAACAACGAGGAAUCAGCAACUUGUGGAAAAUUUCAAGGAUGUGUUAAAGACAAAAGAGGCUUUAGAAGAGUUUCGUCUAGUAUCGCAACUAUUUCGUGAGGGCGUUUAUAAGUCAGACGCUUACUAUGAACAUUGUCAAGCCGCUUUAAAGGAUAAAUUCAAUCAAACUUUUCCUGAACUUUUAGCGCUUUUACCAGACAUUAGCAAGCAACAGGCUCUAUAUUUGGUUCAUAGCCAACACAUGAACAAUAUGCCAGCGCAACAACGUAAAUUACUGCCUAAAUUGGAAGUUUGUGCUACUUGCAAGCAAGUGUUACUGCAUAGCGAUGUUACUAGUCAUCGGGAAUAUCAUAAUCUUAAGGAGAAUUUUCCUACACUUAGCAGCAAGCCAACCAAGUCGGCUACUGCAGCGCGCAAGUAAAAUCUGUUCUAAAACCGAACAGAUCAUUUUAUUUUUCUCAAGUAUCAAAGUGCACCUACAAUAAACAAUAUCACCGAUAAAGUUUAAAUGUUUACAUAAACAAAAAAAAAA